AUGCCGACGAGAGGCGCAGUCACUCGGGCUUCCCUCGCAUGUGUCCCGUGCCGAAGCCGACACAUCAAAUGCGACGGCGGACAACCAGAAUGCACCCGCUGCGCCGAAGAAGGCAGGGUGUGCCAGUACAUGAAGUCGAGAAGAGGUGGCCUAGAUCGGCAGGCGUUGGCACUGCGUCGUACCCAUAACUCAGAAUCGACCGGCUCCAAGCCGCAGACGCCGAAUCAAGGUAGCCAUGGUGGUCACGAUUCAGUCACCCAGCAUGAAACUGCAGGUCAGGAGAGCCUCCAGCCAGAUACCGGCCUGUUAUUUGAGACCGUUCACCACUGGGCCCCUAUUCCCGAAACUAGCGACCACGAGCCGUCGCAGCAUAACCCCGUUGAUGAAUCCGAUGCCCAGUUUGUGAGCAUUUCCGAGGACCCCCUUAUCGACAUGUAUUAUAAGCAUUUCCACAAGUGCCAUCCCUGCGUCUUGCCACGGAGAGACCUCGAGAAGUUGCACGGGCAGACAGGAUACCAGGAGAAGCUGGCCACCUUGAUACCCGUCAUGCGAUUCAUUGGAUCACUAUACUCCCGCCCGGAUCUAUUCACGAAGCUAAGAGAUCUAGCUGCAGAAGCCAUGGACACGGCCAGCAGGAACCCGGCCACCCCUUUCAUGGUCCAAAGUCGCCUGCUCUACGCCAUUGUCUUGUAUUGGGCUUGCGAGAAGACCAAAUCCCGCGGUGAGAUCGACGAAGCCAUUCGCAUGGCACUGGAGCUGGGCAUGCAUCAUCGGCAUUUUGCGGCCGAAAAUGCAGAUGGAGAUGUGCUUCUGGGGGAGAGUUGGCGGCGGACUUGGUGGCAGGUCUAUAUAGUCGAUGCCUACUUUGCGGCAAUGACGCCCAAAUGGGCUGAAACGAAAUGCAAUGCAGUAGAGGCCUCUGCUGGCUUGCCUUGCGAAGAGGACGAGUAUGAGAUAGGGGCUAUCCCGACCCCAAAAACGCUGGAAGACUUUGGGUCUCGGGAAUUUGAGAUGGAAAACACUGCAUAUUCGUCUUUCGCUUAUCUGAUCGCUGCCGCCCGCGGCGUUGCGUUGGCUAUGUCUGCCGUGCCGUCCGAGACCUCCAAGUGGUCUUCCCCGAAAGUCAUUGGAGAGGUUGACUCCAUCAUCGACGGAUGGUUGCUACUGCUCCCGAAGGACAAAAGCGAGGUCUUGGGCAAGAACGGCGAAGUUGACGAGCUCAUGUUUCAAGCCCAUAUGGCACUUUACGCAUCGACAGCUGCGCUCCAUCGGCCAUUCUCGGAGCUAUGGUUCAACCCACUCGAGGCUAUCUCGACAUGUACAGCGCCGCCUCCCAGCCGUCUGCCUACUCAAGACUAUCCGGCGAUCCACACAAGACGCUGCCUUAAAGCCGUCCAAGCACAAGUCCGACUCUUGGCGUUGCCAGUGCCGCAUUCCUGUCGAACCCCUUUCACGAUAUGCAUGACAUCUGCUGGUAUGACUCCACUGCUUUCGGCAGCCAAGUUUCUGUUUUCGGGUCAGAAGCUUUCCAUCGCAAGGCAUCAGAUUCGCCUCGUCAUCGGAUGUCUUAAGGCACUAGCCGAGGUGUGGCCCCAGGGAGGAACGAACUUAUGGGAGGUCCAGACGAUAGCUCGGGAGGUGCUGGGCCGCGCAGGUGGGAACCAAGGGCAAGAGCCAUCGGCGCAAAAGGCUGGUCCCAACGUCUACACAAUAUCCGACUCGACUCUAGGAAACGCAGCCUUCGACGAUUGGGACAACCUCUCGAUUCCUCUCGAGCCUGCAAAUGACGUCGAAGCCUAUUGGAACUUGAACAAUGGCCUGCAGCAAGACAUGUCUAUGUGGUUCACAUGA